CCAGAGGGACCUAUUUCCCUUCUCCUUUCACUCACCUCCUCGCAGCGUGACUCCGUUCAUCUUCCCAUCUCCUUGGUUUUGAAUCCACUGGGAAGAACCAGCCAUGUCUCGGCAGUCUGUCUGCAGAAGCUUUGGAGGCGGCAGUAGAAGGGGCUACAGCUCUUGCUCUGCCAUCGGUGGUGGCUUUGGAGGAGGUGGCGGCAGAAGCAGGAUCAGCUACAGCUCGUAUUCCUCAUCUAGGGGAGGUGGAGGAGGCGGACAAUGUGGAGGGUAUAGCAGCAGGAGCCUCCAUAACAUGGGUGGCAGCAGAAGAAUUGCGAUGGGUGGAUGCUACGGUGGUGGAGGCUACGGAGGCAGAAUGGGUGGCUUUGGUGGACCCUGUGGAGGAGGCAUGGGUGGCUUCGGUGGAGGCAUGGGUGGCUUUGGUGGUGGAAUGGGUGGUGGCGGAAUGGGUGGCUUUGGUGGUGGAGGAAUGGGUGGUUAUGGUGGAGGAAUGGGCGGUGGAGGAAUGGGUGGCUUUGGUGGCCCUGGCUUUCCUGGAGGCAUCCAGCCAGUGCAGGUUGACUCAAGCCUCCUGCGGCCGGUCCAUGUUGAGAUCGAUCCCCAAAUCCAGCAAGUGAAAAACCAGGAGAAGGAGCAGAUCAAGACUCUUAACAACCAGUUUGCCUCCUUCAUUGACAAGGUCCGCUUCCUGGAGCAACAGAACAAGGUCCUGGCCACCAAAUGGGAGCUGCUCCAGCAGCAAGGACCAUCAGGGCCGAGGAAGAACCUUGACAGCAUCUUUGAAAGCUACAUCCAGAACCUGAGGAGGCAGCUGGAUUCCAUCCUGGGACAGAGGGGGCAGCUCGAGUCGGAGCUGCAGAACAUGCGGCAAUACGUGGAGGAGUACAAGACCAAGUAUGAAGAAGAAAUCAACAGGCGCACCAGUGCUGAGAAUGAGUUUGUGGUGCUCAAGAAGGAUGUGGACAAUGCCUACAUGAAUAAAGUAGAGUUGGAAGCCAAGGUGGGAGCUCUGACCGAUGAAAUCAACUUCCUGAGAUACAUCUAUGAGGAGGAACUGUCUCAGAUGCAGACCAUCAGCCGGGACCUGUCCGUGGUGGUGUCCAUGGACAACAGCAGGAACCUGGAUAUGGAGAGCAUCAUCGAGGAGGUCAGGCGCCAGUACGAGCAGAUCGCCCAGAGCAGCAGAGCUGAAGCUGAGGCUUGGUACCAGAGCAGGUAUGAAGAGCUGCAGAACACUGCUGGAAGGCACGGGGACAGCCUCCGCAACACCAAGAUUGAGAUCCAGGAGCUGACCAGGAACGUGCAGAGGCUGCGGACUGAGAUCGAGAACGUCAAGAAGCAGAACCAGCAGCUUCAGGCAGCAAUUGCUGAGGCCGAGGAGCGGGGUGAGAUGGCCCUGAAGGAUGCCAGGAGGAAACUGGAAGAGCUGGAAAAUGCCCUGAACAAAGACAAGGAGGAGCUGGCUCGCUUGCUGAAGGAAUACCAGGAGCUGCUCAACAUCAAGAUCGCGCUGGAUGUUGAGAUUGCCAUGUACAGGAAGCUGCUGGAGGGAGAGGAGAACAGGCUGUGCAACGAUGGCAUGUCCAACGUCAAUGUCUCGGUGGUCGGCAGGACCACCAUCACCGGAGGCAGAGGAGGAAUGGGAGGCGGCUUCGGAGGAGGCAGCGGCAUGGGAGGAGGCUUCGGAGGAGGCAGCGGCAUGGGAGGAGGCUUCGGAGGAGGCAGCUGCGGCAUUGGAGGAGGGAUGGGAACAGGAGGAGGGAUGGGAAUGGGAACGGGAGGAGGAAUGGGAAUGGGAAUGGGAGGCGGUGCCUGCGGAGCCGGAGGCAGCUACGGCGGCGGCUUCUCCUCCGGCAGCGGGAGGAUGUGCGGGUCCGGCGGGGGCAACUUCAGCUCCGGGGGGGGCUCGUCCUCCGUGCGGAGAUGUGUGACCACCCUCGGUCAAGUCGUCAGGAGUGAGGUUCUGAGCCCUGUGCCCCGGACGCUCCCAUCCCAACUGAUGCUCUCAGCAAAGGAACCAAAGGAAAGCGGCGUCUCCCCCGCUCCCCCGGCACCAGCCCAGCCUCCCUGCAGCCAGCGCCGGGCUCCGGCAGCCACACGGACUGUGCCCCUCGCGUGUGCCAGCGCCAUCCGGCUCCUGCACCCGGCCCGGAGGAGCGGGGGCUCUGCCUGGGCAAACGUGUAUAAAGCUGCUCUUGGCUCCUCUUCCCCCAUGGCCGUGUCCCCUGGGUGCUUCUUCAUGUGGUGCAUCCACCGCUUCCAUUCACCAGCCUUUGGGACAAGCUGCGGCUUCCAUUCCUCUUGUCCUUGCUCUCCGCGACACCCGGUCACAAGUGGACUUUUCCUCGAGAGAACAAAGCUUGUUCCCAAUGCUUUGUGACAUGGAGCGUGAUGUGCUGCCCCCCCCACCUCCCUUCCUCUCCUGUCUGGUCAACCCUAUUUCCUCGGGAUGUUGCCAUUCCCAAUAAAUUGCAGAGAACAUUCA